AUGUUAGAUUUAAAACUGAAUUUAAGUAAUGAGCCUGUUUCUAUUGGUGGCAUUAAAGACAUUAAUGUGGCAUUACAGCGGCCUGGUCAGAUUGAGACCCAUGAUUUUGUGGGAUGUAUGAGAGAAUUUAAGAUUAACAACGAAGAUUAUCUUCAUAGUAAAAAUCCUCUAGAAGAACAAGGUGUUGACAAUAAUGGCUGCCCACGACAACAAGGUCAGAGUUCAUGCUCAGAUGCCGUGUGCCACAAUGGCGGCAGAUGUGUGGAUGAAUGGAAUACAGUCAGUUGUAGAUGUGCAGCAGGUUUCCAUGGCAAUCUCUGUCAACAAGAAUUCAAACCAUUUGGAUUUGAUGCCAGUGCAUAUGUUGUGUUCAAACAGAAAGAAAGCUAUCAGCGGGAUGUAUUAGUAACGAAAUCAAGGAGACGUCGGGUAGCAGACACAUCCAGUGUCUUUAUAAGAUUUAGAACAACCAACAAUGGUCUGUUAUUCUAUGCAGAGAGAGGUUCAAGGUCAUCAGUACUUUAUAUUGAUGAUAAAGUAUUGAAGUAUACCAUCACAGAGAGUACCAGUAACCAGGUCACAGUAGAGGUCAAGGUCGACUCUAUUCGUGAUGGAAGCUGGCAUAAUGCUACAGUCAUUAUAACAGGAUCAACAAUUUUGCUGAUGUUCGACGAUAAGAGUUCUUCUAGAAGCAAUGUGCAGACGGCAUUCAAGUUUUCUGAUGUGCAUGUGACACAAAUGUCACUAGGUGGAACCACCAAAACUGUUUCUGUGGAUGGUGGUUUAAAUGAUUUGCAAGGUUUCGGAGGAUGUGUGUCUGAAUUUGAAUUGGACGAGAGAGUAACACCUCUUAAUGGCACAACUGACAGAUUUGUUAUUGAAACAAGUACUACUGGCGUGGAGAAUGGCUGCUCUGGAUUAUGUGCGUCUGCAGGAUGCAGUGGUUGUACUGUAGACGGAGAAGUUGCUAAAUGUGCAAUAAAUGCAGAAGGAGAAGAUGAGCCGCUAGGAAUUGGAGUCAUUGUGGUGAUCGCAUUCUUUGGAGUUUUACUCGUAGUGAUUGUUGUCAUUUUCUUAGUUUACCGAUUCCAUAGACAGCGAAAAGAGACAGCAGCAAAACAAAAUGGCCACGUAAAUAAAAGUUUCGGAAGUGGUCAUAGUCCAGGAGAUUCUGGUUAUGGCGACAAUGAAUUUAUACAUCAACACGUCAAUCAAAGUAUUAAAAAUAGCUCUCAUUAUGCUGUUUCGAAUGGCAGACUGCCAAGUAGACCAGAUCUUAUCAAUGCUGACGGAAGAAGAUCAGCGUUGCCGUUAGAGAUAGACGAUGGCACUGUAAUUAUUGACAAUGGUGAUAUUCAUUUGACAGGAAACGAGGACAGUCCUGAACUCUAUGAUUUGGAAAAUGCAAGUAGUAUAGCGCCAUCUGAUAUUGACGUUUCGUACUAUUAUGGUGCUUCUCGACAUGGCAAAGGCCAGUCAUAUAGAGAUAACUACAAAAAACAGUUAUCAAAGACUAAUGGGCAUGGCCCACCUGCAAAUCACUGGAACUCAAAUGGUUCCAGAGAAAGUCCUGGUGCCUUAAGAAUGCAGACCACUGCAAUGCAAAAUAGAAACAGUCCAGCUAAUAUGCUGGGUCCUCAGCAUUUUAACCCGCCAAAUCGCAAUAGUCCAGCAUCACAAUAUGGGUCUCGGCUUAGUCCCAUGAAUCAAAUAAAUAGACAGAGUCCCCAUUUAAGGGCUAGUCCCUUAGUGCAACAAAACAUGCGUGGCACACCAGACAUUCAUCACGGAAGGGGAUCAUAGUGUCGUAAGUCAUCAUAGCCAUCACAGUAUUAGUUCAACUUCAUCAGCAUCUAGGAUGCAACCGUUACCUAAUGGACAUAUUAAACACAGCACUGGUAAAAGACCUAUGCCAGGUAGCCGUGUUCCAAAUCAUUCACGGCCAGUGAAAGGAUUAACGGUAGAAGAAAUAGACAAAUUAAACGCCCGUCCUUCAAGACCUAGUCCUGUCAGCAUGUUGGAAGCAGUGUCUUCAUCAACAGAAGAAAACCGUCUUAAUCCACAGUAUAAAAUUAAAGACCAUCUAGAUGAUGGGGCAAUGUUGGAACCUCUUGAUUCAAGUUCAGAUGAAAGUAACACUGAUUCAUUCACAUGUUCGGAAUUUGAAUAUGAAAAUGACAAGGGUCGUAGUGACUUUGACCCUAGUGCAAUGAUCUUUUCUAAAGUUGCAGAAGUUGACAAUGAAAACGAGGAUUUUAAUGUGAAUCCUAACUACCGGAACAAUGAUGGACUAGACUCAAAUGGAAGUUCAUUUGCUUCUUCAGAGGAAGGAAGAAGAAAUGGGGCUCCAGUUAAUGGUGCAAUAAAUUGGGACUAUUUUACUGACUGGGGCCCUAGUUUUGAGAAGUUAGUGGGCGUGUUUAAGGAUAUUGCCUCCCUGCCGGAUGGGGACGGGACUUCAAAUAACAAUAUGGACUGCAGGACUGAAACAGAGGAAUAUGUGUGACCCCCUCAGGACUAUUUAAAUAUUUAAAUUAUAUCAAAAGUAACUUACAGCACAUGAAUAUGCAAAUUAAUGUACUAAUUAAUUAUAUAGAAUAUUUUAUAUAUUUGUUUCAUCAUUGAAUUGUAAAAAAGAAAUAUUGUACAUAAAAUUUUUAUUUUAAUCCUGAUUUUGUAUUUAUACACAAUAUUCACUUGUAAAUAAAUUGCUAUUGAGUUCUUGAGUCCCAGUCUAAUUUAAUGCAUAAUUACCAUUAAGCUUUAUUUAUUCUCAUUCAAGCGCAGCCAGUCAAUAUUGUGUGUGAAAACAAACUAUUUUCUUACUGUCAGACAAAAAUAAAUCUCAAAUAAGCUACUUGUUCAGUCAGUGUUAAAUUGUGUAAAAAAGUUUUUUCCUGAGGUUUUCUAAGUAAUCAUAUUUUGAUAUGUAAAUUAAUGAGAUCUAUUUUUGUCUGACAAUGAUCAUGUGAUGGUCAUGUGAUGUUUUUACACCUAGUUAAAGGUGUGUUUGAUAUUUUUUAAUUGUACAGUCUUUUAUACAUUUUAUAAUAUUUUGUUUGUUGUGUUUUUACAAAACGUUCUUAUAUUUUAUAUCUUUUAAUUUUAAAAGUGUUCAGUGACGUGAACGAUUUUUUUUCAGAUUAUUCGAUUGCGUGUUGAUGAAAAACAGCAUCAUGUUUAUUUUUAAAGUAAUCAUUCGUCACCAUACAAAAAAUUAGAAAAAAAAUUGUAAAUCUUAAGGUUUUCUGUGAAAAUUAAAUUGAAAAUUUAUCAAUAAAUAAAGAGAAGAAAGUUGAUUAAAUAAUUGAUAUUGAAAUAAGUUCUCAAUAUACUAGAGAAUGUUAAAGAUUUCAAGAAUAUAUAUUUUAUGAAUUAAAUUCACAAUAAAUAAUGAAAAUAGUACAUUCCAUGGAUUAAGGGGAGUAGAAAUUAAAUCUUGCCAAUUGAUUUGUGAUAUUCAUUUGAAAAUUGUACGUGUCAUUUGUAUUCUUAAGCAAAGUGUUCAUUAAAAAAAUACUUACAUCUUCAUUUCCAUCUGUCCUUCAUGUUUAUACAUUUUACAAAAAUUGCUCAUUUUACUGAUUGAAAAAAAGCUACUUUAUAGGAAAUAGGUUUCUAGUAUUUUGAAAAUACUGCAAAAUUAAUUAAAUUUAUUUUCAUCAUUAUUUGGAAAAUAAUCUACUUUUAAUCUCUUAUUAUGAGAUAUAUUUUUUUGAAAGCAAGAUAAGAUUUUAUAAUUUGACAUCAUUUAUAAAGAUUUAUAUAAAAAAAAAAACAUUGAAAUAUUUUUGUGAGAGUGUAACAAUUAGAAUGUGUUAAAGCAUAUCUGUCUCAAUUCAACUUCAAUCAUUUGAGAUUUUAACAUUUCCAAUUCAUUUAUCAUUCCAAUGCAAGUUUAGGUCAUAAAUAAAAUCAUAUUUAGAUUACUUUAGUACUUGAUAACAUACUGCUGAUAUACAAGUUAUGUUUACUUUAUUUUCCCCCACUUCUAUGUGCAUAUAAAGACUUUUAUAAAACUAAUAAAUUUCGUCAAAGUGUAGAAAUUACUUUUUUGACAGUUAUGUUAAUUAAAGGGAGGUUAUCAUGGCAUGAAAUUAUGCAACUAAAGAUGUUUCUUAAUUUUAGUAUUUUAAUCUUUUUAUGAAUAAACCAUAAUGUAUUCAUUUAUUUCAUUCCAUAUCUUUCAUAAAAAUGAAGCAUUUUAAAAGUUUGAAAAUAGCCUGUAACUUUUUAUAUUGUAAAUGAAAUAAAAUAUCAGCAGAAAAACAAUGUAUUAAAUGCAUGAAAAUAUACCUAGCUAAUGAUCAAAAUGUUUAUAAACCUAUGCAUUUAUUUAAAAUAUAGACAUUGUCUUGGCAAGAAUUUGUUAUCUGUUUACAGAUAAAAAAUGAUAUUGUUUCUAUUAAAGAAAUAAAAAAUAAUGAAUUUA